AUGUCAUCGUCGUCCGUGUCGGAUGGAAUUCUCAACUUUGCUACACAAUACUCGCUUUAUACUGGUUGUGUUAUAUUUAGUUUUGGAGUUAUUGGUAAUGUGUUGAAUCUUCUCGUUUUUACUCAAUUGAAACAAUUUCGAACUAAUCGAUGUGCCUUCUAUAUAACUAUUGAAUCAAUUUCCAAUUUAUUUUAUCAGUUUUUAACUAUUAGUUUAACUAUUUUAACAUCUAUAUCUGGAGAUGAUGCAACAGGACGUUUUUUCAUCUGGUGUAAAUUCAAGAAUAUAUUAGCACAAAUAUGUGGGCUUACUACUCUUUAUAUAAUAUGUUUUUCUGCUGUUGAUCAAUUCUUUUCAACAAAUCAUCGUUUCAGGUUGAGACAAAUGUGUACAUUGAAAUUAGGUCGUUACUUUGCGUUUAUAUUCAUUUGUUUUGUGAUCAUUCAUAGUAUUGCACUUGGCUCCUCUUACAAUGUUCAACCAAUAUUAGGAUGUGUCUUAACGAAUUAUAUAGCGGUUCAGUAUUCAACAUAUUUCUUUUAUCCAAUUUUAGUUGGUCUCUUGCCUGUUGUCAUUGCAUCAUCAUUUAGUAUGUUAGCUUAUCGUAAUGUUCGUCGUAUAGUUCGACGACAAUUACCAAUUGUUCGUCGCAAAUUAGACAAACAAAUAACAGCCAUGGUUCUUAUGCGUGUAAUUGCCUUCGUUUUUUUAAUAUUACCUUUUAUUACUUAUCGUAUUUAUACCAUUAGUUUUCCUAUACCACGAAGUAUGCCUAUGGCAUAUGCGAUUGGUAAAUUGAUUCAAGCAAUUCUUACUUCUAUCUACAUUAUAAAUUAUGUGGUCAACUUUUAUCUUUUUUUAAUAUUCUCGCCACGUUUUCGUCGUCAAGUAAAACUUGUUUUAGUAAAAAAAUGUUGGCAACGAUGGAAAUAUUGGUGUUGCUCUAUAAAUAAUCAAAUUGAACCUGAUAACAUUCCUGAAACACGCAAUUCACAAAUAGAAUCUGAAGAAAAUAUCUAA